AACCAACUUUAAAUCUUCAGUUUGAAAAGUCAAAAACGAGCGGCAUUGCUAGAUUCACCUCCCACUAAUCACGUUACUAGUUUACUUAUUACACAAACCUUCUUGGUCUCCACAACUUUUUGUUAUUUGUUUUCUAUUAAUUUUCGUUAGGUACUUGGGUUGGUGAAACAUGCGGGGAAUGAGAAGAGGUGAGAGGUUGAUUUGGCUAAUGAUGUGUUUUGUCAACGACGACGUGCUUCCCUCUAAAUCAUGUUUCUUCUCUUGCCUGUAUAUUACAACUUCCUUUCUCUUCCUUCUCCUCCCACGUCUCUCUCUAGAUCUUCAUCUCUCUUUCCUCUUGCUUUUCAUCUCAACAAUGGCGACGGGGAAGCCACUGCCAAAGUUUGGUGAAUGGGAUGUGAACAACCCUGCAUCCGCCGAAGGAUUCACUGUCAUUUUCAGCAAAGCUAGCGACGAGAAGAAGACCAAGAAAGCAUCUGGCAGCGCAGGCCCUAGUACUCUGGUUUCACCUCAGAACACCGAUCAAAACAACCACCAAGAUUCUCAAAACCCAAAAGCUAAGAAGAAAUGGCUUUGCUUUUGAGGAUUAUGGAGCUGAAGAAGUUAGCAGGGAGAUCUCAAACAAAGUGAAAUAAGAUGGUCUUCGGAGUUCACAAACCAUAUCUUACUCGCUCAUACAUCUCAGCUUGCUUCUUCUUUUGUCUUCUGCUGAUAUUAUAUUUGUUCACUAUACUUUCUGCUUCUUCUUUUUGUUCCCACAAUGGAUAUAAGAGAAUACAUUUGCCU